AUGGUAGCUCCUAUUUUGAAGGUGUUACGUCUUGCAGAUCAUGAGGGCGCAACAACAGGAUUAAUUUAUGAAGCAAUGUAUUGUAUGAUUGAAGGAUUGGAGCUUGCAGCUCAAGAUGGCAAGCUUGAUGCAGAUAAAAUUGAUGCAAUUAAGUGUGUCUUGGUUGAAGACCAACAUAGAUGGAGAGCUCGAUGGUUUAUGAUGCAUAGCUCUAUGCACAGCGCUGCACAUGCUUUGAAUCCUUCAUACCUUGAGCAAGACUUGGAUGCUGAGGUAAGAAGUGAUUGGAUGAAUUAUUUAUCACUCUAUUGCUAUGGGGACACUCAGCUGGAAGAGAAGUUAGAUGAGCAAUUCAAUAUGUUUCGACGAGGAAUUGGAAGAGCUAUCAAUCAGGAUUUGCCGAAGAGCAAAGCAAAAAGGAAAUUCCCAGUGUCUUGGUGGGAAUCCUAUGGAUAUGAGAUGCCUGAGCUCAGGAAGUUAGCACUUCGUGUGUUGAGCCAAGGAGUGUGCUCUUCUCCAUGUGAGCGAAAUUGGAGUAGCUGGAACUUGAUCCAAACCAAACGACGCAAUCGCUUGCUUCUAGAGAACUUGAAGAAGUUGGUUUAUGUACACAGUAACACCAGAGUGGUGGAUCGUAUUGAAAGUGAAGGAAUGAAGUUCCUAGAGAUUGAUCUCGACACAAUUGCAAUCGAACCACAAUGGAUGAGGAUUGUAGAGAUGCAAGCUAGGCUUGAAUCUCUUGGUAUAAAAGAUUUAGCCGAAGAAGAUCUUCCAAAUGAAGAUGUGAUUGUUGAGGAAGAUGCCGGAGAUGUCGAGGGACUUGCCGAAGAUGUUGAAGAAGAUGAGUAG